ACCGAAAGUCGAACGGCCACGCUGGGGUUGAGUUACGUCAGCGGCAGGGAGGGUCACGUGACAGCAGCUGCUGAAGUAUGGCGGAGCGGGACGAGACGGCGAAUAGCGGGAUUGUGCAGAGGCUCUUAUCUGUUGCUGGGGUUCCCAGUCUGGCCAGCAGCGUUUGGGGCUACGUGGAUAACACCAUAAGAUGGUGCUGGAUCCCUGACUGGCUGCCAUCAUGGUGUCCCACCUCUCAGAGCCAGCUAAAGGCUGCAGAGGACAAGAUGCUGCGCUGUAUCAGCGCUCCAUUCACCAAACAGUUCGUCCCCGUCUCCAGCGGCAACAUGUUGUGGACGCUGUUUUUUUCCAGUGAUGGUGUUAAAGAUAAAACCCCUGUGGUUCUGCUGCACGGCUUUGGAGGUGGCGUUGGUCUUUGGGCUCAGAACCUGGAAGCUCUCUCACAGAACCGGCCAGUCUACGCUCUGGACCUGCUGGGCUUUGGCCAGAGCACCAGGCCUGUGUUCUCCACCGACCCUCAGGAAGCAGAAGCCCAGUUUGUGGAGUCUAUCGAACAGUGGAGGGCCAAAGUGGGUCUGGAGUCCAUGAUACUCCUCGGUCACAACCUGGGAGGAUUCCUGGCUGUGGCCUAUUCUAUUAAAUAUUCAGACAGGGUGAAACACGUCAUACUGGUGGAGCCGUGGGGUUUUCCAGAGUUUCAGGAGACAGUGGAAGCAGACCGACCCAUUCCUGUGUGGAUCAAAGCCCUCGGAGCUAUGUUCAGUCCCUUCAACCCUUUGGCUGGCCUCAGACUGGUUGGACCCCUUGGUCUCACUCUGGUGCAGACCCUGAGGCCUGACUUCAAGAAGAAGUUCUCCUCCAUGUUCUCGGACAACACUGUGUCAGAGUACAUCUACCACCUGAACGUCCAGUCUCCCAGUGGCGAAACUGCUUUUAAGAGCAUGACAGAUUCCUGCGGCUGGGCAAAGAGGCCGAUGCUGCAGAGGUUGGACCAGCUGCCCCCUACCAUCCCCAUCUCCAUCAUCUACGGCUCUCGCUCCAGCAUAGACAGCGACUCGGCCAGCUCCAUCAAAGAGAUGAGAACGAACUCUCAUGUGGAAAUCAUUACCAUCCGAGGAGCUGGACACUACGUUUACGCCGACCAGCCAGACGAUUUCAACCAUAAAGUCCUGCAAGUGUGUGAAAAAGUGGACUGAGAGCAGGGACGGCCGGGAUCUUACACUGUGGAGCUAAAGGAGAUCAUAACUUCCCAACGAUCUGCUGUGGGACCUCCGAAAGAAAAUGAAGUGUUUGUAGAUGACAGCAGGAUCAUGGUUGGGUGACUCAGCCAUGAGGACAUGGCUAGGAUCAUCAGACCAGUGAUUCAUUGGUAUUCUUAGAAACCCAGAUAAAUACAGAUCCAGAGCUGAUGCCAUUCAUCAGAUUGGGGAUAUUUAGCAGUAUUCCUAGAAUGAGUCAAAUGUCUCAGUGGGCCAGCAUUGUGUGGUUCUUUUGGAUUACGUCUGUAAGACACAUGCAAAAGUCUUACUUAACGUUCCUGGUCAGAGAGCUGGAGGAUGUGUUCCAGACAGUGUGUAGCACCAUCUGACGGGUCCCUGAGUCCACCUUCAUUAUCACACCCAAACUUCUAAAGUUAAAGAGUGUAAAAAUAAUAUGAUGCGCUUUAAUUUUGUCAAAAUGUCAUUUAUGGCUAUUAUUCUAACCCAGCAGCACUUUACCUGCACAGAUACAGGUGGGAUGUGUUCUGUCUAACCCACAACAUGAGUGAAGGAGUUACUUCCACCAUAACACGGUUCCUCUGUGCUCAGAGGAACCGUGUUCCAUUGCUCUGACUGAUGUUUCUGUGCUGGGCCUCAGAUUUACUCCCAACAGUGCAUUUACACCAGUGGCCUCUUCUUCCUCCUAAUUAAGCUCUGAGGAUCCAGACAAGCUGUUGUUCAUGGGAUGGACAUGUUUCUAAGCUGAAAGAGUUUUUCUAUUUUUAUUGUGUAAAUGUUUUAUUCUGUUCUGAAGGAACAGAAUCAUGUAGAUAUAAAAGAUUUGCAAAAGUUAACUGUUGAAUAUUUGGACUGAAAGAGAAGGACUGCAUAUGUGUGAUGUGAUGGGUGUGGUUUUCUGAAAACAGCUCUCAUAUUUAUCUUUCUGAGAAGGAAAAGAAGCAUAUUUUUUAAUUAUUGGCUUUUGUAUGUUUGGAAUGAAUCUAUUUAAAACAGUUUAAUCUUCUUCUGUUUUCUGUAACCCCCAGUCGGUCGAGGCAGAUGACCGUUCAUACUGAGCCCG